GCCAAAGGUGAGAAAAACAUCGCUUUCACGUACCUUUGAGUCUUUCGUAGAAAGAGAGAAAAGAGAGGGGGGUUGGCUGAGGAUCCUUCCUUGUGCCUUUGCCUUUGCUUGCAUCAACUCCUCCUUCUCGUCAACGCCUAUCUGAAUUUCGCUUUUAAUUCUUAUCAAUUAUUCUGAUCCUUGAUCGAUUACUGUCAUGGCUACAACUGGGAACAAGAACAUCAAUGCUAAAUUGGUGCUUCUUGGUGAUGUUGGAGCUGGGAAGUCUAGUUUAGUGUUGCGCUUUGUUAAAGGGCAAUUUAUUGAAUUUCAGGAAUCAACUAUAGGUGCUGCCUUUUUCUCACAAACAUUGGCUGUAAAUGAUGCAACUGUAAAAUUUGAGAUUUGGGAUACAGCAGGUCAAGAGAGAUACCAUAGCUUGGCACCUAUGUACUACAGAGGAGCUGCUGCUGCAAUAAUCGUGUAUGAUAUUACAAACCAAGCCUCAUUUGAGCGGGCAAAAAAAUGGGUCCAAGAACUUCAAGCACAAGGCAAUCCAAAUAUGGUCAUGGCACUGGCUGGCAACAAAGCAGAUUUACCAGACACGAGGAAGGUGGCAGCAGAGGAAGCACAAGCAUAUGCUCAGGAGAAUGGCCUUUUCUUCAUGGAAACCUCUGCAAAAACUGCAGCCAAUGUCAAUGAUGUCUUCUAUGAGAUCGCAAAAAGACUACCACGAGUCCAGCCAGCGCAGAAUCCAUCAGGAAUGGUUCUUAUGGAUAGACCUGCAGAAAGGGUAGCAAGUGCAUCGUGCUGCUCUUAAGGAGAUCUUUGGUACUUUUGCUAGUUGCCCAGCUCUGUCUGUCGUCUUGGCGCUGUGAUGCACUGUAGAAAUUAAACGUUUUCAUUGCCGAAAUUUGUGUGUCCGGAUUCAGUACUCUGUACAUGCAUGUGUUUAGAUGGUUUAUAUUUCUGGCAGUAAAUGAUUGUGGAUAUCGUCUUCUCAUUUAAUGAAAUGGUGUGUUUUUUCCUGA